UGUGACGUCACUAUCUUAGAAGCACCGAAGCUUUAGAGGUCUUGAUGGGCACAGAGUGUAUUACAAGUUGUCUCUUUCCCCGGUGCAUCGCAACUUGUCAAGUAGUCCCAACCUUUAGUCAAAAUGGCCAGCGCAAAGAAGAAGGGAAAGUCUAGCAAGAAGCGUGCGCAACGUGCCACGUCUAAUGUGUUUGCUAUGUUUGACCAGGCUCAGAUCCAAGAAUUCAAAGAGGCUUUCACACUGAUCGAUCAGAACCGUGACGGUUUCAUCGACAGGGAGGAUUUACAAGACAUGUUCGCCUCUAUGGGUAAAGAACCAAAAGCAGAAGAAUUAGAUGCUAUGGUAGCCGAUGCACCCGGUCCGAUCAACUUCACCAUGUUUCUCACACUAUUUGGUGAAAAACUAAAUGGUACGGACCCGGAGGACACGAUAUUAAAUGCAUUCAAACUAUUUGAUCUAGAAGGGAAGAAAACGAUAAAUGAAGAUUACUUUGCCACUAAGAUGAUGCAGAGCGGAGAACGCUAUACCCAGGAUGAGGUGGAUCAAAUGUACAAAGGGGCACCAAUUGAUGAUGAUGGCAAUUUAGACUACUAUGCAUUUGUCCGUAUAAUCAAGCACGGAACGAAGGACGAAGAACUUGUCAAGUCGUCAAAAUAAACUACAGAUUUCGCGUAACACCAAAUUUAUCAAAUGCUUCGGGAUUAUGUUAUUACCAUGGAAAUGGAAAAAAAGGACUAUCCUUACUAUUAAAUACAGUAAUGAUUAUUAUGUGUAAGAUGUGAGAAGACGAUUUUCGACAUUUUUUUAUUGCCCCAUUUAGGUCUUCAAUAUUAUAUAAACUUUAUUUAUACUACUAGUUAGGAAAUCUAUAAAUAUGACUUCGAUUGUAUAAAAGUCAGUGGGAGGGAAGAUUUACUUUUUAUGUAUAAACACAAAACUAUUUUUUUUCAAUUUUAAGCAUGAAGCAUAAUGAAAUGAGAGCCACAACUUAUGUUGUGACGUCAUCGAUAACAUUCCCCCUCACAAAAUAAUUCGAAACGAACCUUUCCGCUAAGCCCCGCCCCUUGGAUAUUGUUGCUAUCACAACACGGCCAAGUUGACACGGCAGUGUUAACACAUACGCAAAUACGUGCGUUUUUUGUGGGACAACACGUGUGCUGGUGAGACCACGUAUUGCUGGCCCUAUUCUGAUUGGUCAGUUGUUAAAGUUUGACACUCCUGAAAGGUCCAGUGUUACUUUAUUAAUUUUUGUGUAAAUGGACAUCAGAUGGUUUAUUAUACCACACUUCCUCUUCGCUUUCAUAUUUUUUAUUUAUAAAGCGCCCCCUUUUUUUUUUAAAGAAACUAUUAUUAACAAAUUGUUAUUCUAUUUUUAUUUCCCCUUUGCAAUAAAUUCUUUUAGAACUCUGUUUGGAAUGAGAUUCUAAAUGAUGUUUGGCCGAGACGUCGUGCAAAAGAGUCUAGAGUAAAACUGAUGCCAUUUAGAGAUUAGACUCACCUGCGCCGAAUCUGGCAGCAUAGUCUGCGAUGGUGCGCGCCAAAUAGCAUGGUUCUUUCGCUGUCUCAUGAGACCACUUUACCAAAACCUUGCUAAGGACAAAACGAAAUAUUGGAUGUAUUUAUUAUUCAAUCGUAGUUAUUGAACCUAUCAUUAAUUUCAUUUUGGGAAGUAACUUUAUAUCACGUUAUCUAAUAUUAAUUAGCAGGCUUUUAAAAGUGUCUAAAAAAUGGAUCAUGCAGAUUUGUCACUGGAGACGGACGUAUGUUAUUUAAAGUCUGGCGCCCCCAUCGCUUAGUCUACUGCACAGAAAUUGACGAACCAUUGACUGCCGUGUAUACAGUGUGACAAUUAGAAUAUUUUAUGAUGUAGCUUUAUCUGGUUGGGUUUAUUUUUUCAUAGAAGAGUGGAACAGAGAAGGAUUAGAUAUACAAAGCAGAACCAAAAAAUGUCGAUCCCCAACAGCCUGAUGCGGCAAACUCCGUUACCAUUUUCACUUGUAUUGUAUUCUAUGAUUUGAUAUUCGAAAAUAAACACCAUUGAUUUCAUAGGUCCGAA